AUGCGUCUUCACAGAUCACGGGGCGAUAGUGGGCAAGGCGAAGCAGAACGAACAAAUUCUGCGAUUGGUGAUGCUGUUGUAGAUGGAGCAACAAUUAACUGGGAAGUUUACAAGAAGUUUGAAGAGAUGAAUGAAGAGGAGAUCAAUCAAUUGAGUGUGAAAGAGUUUGAAGAAUUGGAAGAACAAAGGAUGGAGAAGAAUGCUUGGUAUGUAGCAAAGACAUUGGUCGAACGAAUUGAUGGAGCUCCUGUUCUAAGCGAGAGGAUUAAAGCAUAUUUGACUGAAAAUAGACAAGAACAGUAG